CAAUAUAAAGUAUGUGCAGUGUCUGCACGACGUGUGCGUACAAUACACAAAAUUUAUGUGGGCAAGAAGCACCAGGAAUUAAAUAUUUUGAUUUUAUUACUUACUUAUUACCUACUCAACUUUCAUCAUGCAGCUUACAGUCAUAAUUGUACGGUAAUUCCGUUGUACUAUACUCGUACAACCAUACUUAUACUGUGAGUACAAAGCAGAAUGAACGAGCAUACAAUUGUCGUGCACAAAGACUUCGUGGCUUUUAUUCAAAAUGCGCGUUACACAGCGCGACCCCCGCCGUCCCACCGUCUCCCGCGCAGGCACCCAUCCCCCGCUUUCCGGGCGGCGGAGGCCGCCGCUCCCCAGCCGAGCCCCAGCGUCCCUUCGCCAUGCUCCUGACUCAACCGCCCACCCACGCCGCACCCUUUCCCGCCACGGUGGAGAUAAUGACGCCCAACCAGUGGCUGCAUAUCCGUCAUCUGGCCCAGCCGCCGCUGUACACGGCCCACACAUGUGCGGACCACGACGACGAUCCCUUCAGUAAGCUGGUGGUGACAACAAGUCCGGACGGUGCCAGACGGCGGACGUCCCUCGAGGAGCAGCGCGCGCCCCCUGAGGGGUACAGUCUGAGCGAUGUGGAUCUGUCGGGGGCGGAUGGGCGUGGCAAUUAUCAGGGCGAGGUCACGACGGCGUGUCACGAGAUGGCCGUUAAGGAUCGGAUGGCGAUGGAGUCGGCUAAGCUGAAAGCCACCUGGAGGAAUCUCCACAAGGCUGAUCCGGAAAAAGAAUUACGGAUAAAUCGAGAAAGGUUAGACGAUCUCGACAAAGAUAACAUAGCCGAUCUUCAGAAGCACACCGCUGCCCGCGCCUUCGAAAUUCUGCAAAAAGCUCGCAACACCGCUUUCAACAACCGCGAUGAAAUUAAAACUCUAAAGCGCGCUCUAAUGGAAACCGACGCCCUAAACAGCCACACUGCCCAAUCAACACUUUCCGCGUGCAUUAAAUGCCGGCAGGACGCUCGUGAUCAACGCAUCUUCCAGCAAAUGAUCGACCACGAUAACGCCCUCGUGGAAAAGGAGCGACAAGAAGCGGCGGAACGCAAACAACAAUUAUGGGCGGACGGCGAGGAACUGCGGGAAUAUUUGAGCGGGCAUCGACCGGUGCAUGAACCUCCGUUGCGGCAUGAUUUCGGCUAUAUACACCGGCAGGCGCAACAUAUCCGGGAGCAUAAUGAAGAGCUGGAGAAAGAGCGACAAAUGGAGGAGGCAGAACGGGAGGUUGCUAAAGGUCACUUUCGCAAGUUACUGGAUGAACAGCGUCGGCUGGAUGACGAGGUUAGAAGAAAGGAGGACGAGGAGGAGAGUGUGCUAACGAUGAUGAGAAGGGCGUUUAUUAAGGAACAGCUAGAGAAGAUCAUCCAUAAUAAUGAAUAUGAAGCCCAGUUAGAAAGGGAUAAAGUGGAUAAAUCGUCAAUUAUCGUCCAACUGGCGGAAGAGCGCCGCAUCGCCGCCGAAGCGAUUCAGCGUGAAUGGGACGAUGCCGCCGGUGCCAAAUCUAAGGAAUAUUUGGACAAACAGGAUGCAAUCUUGGCAGAAAAGUUGAGAAAACGCCAGGAAGACAUCGACGACUGCACACGACAACGAGGCCAACAAGUUAAAGACGCGGCUGAAAUGAACGAGCUGGAAAAAUCUCUAAAACAGCAAUUCGCCGAAAAAAUCAUCGCCGACGUCGCAGCAUUUCACGGAGAAACCAAAGAAAAAGAGGAGGAAGCGAAAAAAGGGAGAAAAGAUUGGAAGAACAUCUGGCAGCAACAGAAAGCCGAGCGCGACAUCCGCGACGCCGCCCUCCGCCAUGCCACCGACCAGUACGCUCGGGACCUCCGCCAACAAUCCCAGCAGCACAAGCACGAUUUCCUCAGACACGCCCACCACCUGAUGGCCCACCGCCAGCAGCAGGACCCUCGCAACACCGUCAAACCCCUGCAGCGAGCGGUGGAGCAGAUCCUCCCGACCUUUCCCUAACCGGCGGCUUAUUUCCGUUUGGGCGCCUGUUCGAGGCGGUGGAGGUAGAGACAGUCGUCGAUGAGGAAGCGGUACCACAGCAGCGGCAGCGGGAUGGUCCCUAGAUGCCACAGAGAAUGCGCGUCGAAGGUCCAGAGGAACGGCGGGAAGUCGAGGAGUUCCAGAAGCAUCAGGGCGUCCACGGCGAGGACGCUCAGGGCGCAUUUCCAGACGGAGCGCGGGACACGGGCGUGGCGGUUGGUGAGGGCGACGGUGAUGCAGAAUAACAGCCACCCCAGGGAGUUUAGGACACCUGCAAGUGGAUAAGCGUUUUGA